UGUGCUGGGAACAUUCCGGAGCGGUUACCCAUCCCCAGUGCGCGGGUACCCGCCCAGUUUGGUCUGGCGUCUCGCUGUCUGUGUCUGGCUGUCUGGUGUCUCGUUUUGUGAUUGGCUGACCGUUGAUCGGUCAGUCACGUGAUCGUAUCGGACGGUCAGGGCCGCAUCGUGCUGGCCGGUCGGUCGGGGGGGGAGUCGGUCGGUCACCGCUGAGCCAGCCGUCGGUAUGGUGCUGUUGCUAAAGUAAAAUAUACCGCACCCGGUUUAACAGAGUGUCUCAAGAUACAACAGUGGCGACGAGGCAAGAACCCACGGCAAGAUGAGUGAUUCAGAUGAGAGGAAGCCGGCAACAGGUAUCGCAACAAUGCACCAGCCCACGGUAUGUCUCACGUCCGCCAUUGGCGAAUUUGAUGAACGUCAAGGCACCUGGAGGGAUUACAUUGAACGAUUUGAGUUCUUUUGCGAGGCUCAGGGCAUUUCAGAGGAUGAUAGAAGGAGAGCACUUCUCUUGGCUGGUAUUGGGCAAACUGCGUAUCAAAGAGUCAAAACCAUUCUGGCACCCACCCGACCCUCUGAGAUGUCAUAUAGAGAUAUUGUCAUGGCCGUGCAAGAUCAUGUGGAUCCGAAGCAGUCUGUUAUCGUUAGCCGUUUCCGGUUCCAUCAAAAAUGUCAAGGAUCAGAACAGGGGAUAAAGGAGUUUGUGGCUGACUUGAAAGUCAUGGCCGAUCCAUGCGACUUUGGAUCAAGUAGAGAUGAUAUGUUACGCGACAGAUUUGUGUGUGGACUCGCUGAUCAGGCGUUGCAGAAGCGGUUGUUGACCGAGGAAGAUACUCUGACGUUCCAACAGGCGCAGCGGAUCGCACUGGCAGCAGAGACGGCGACGAAGAGCGCAAGACAGCUGGCUGCCCAGUCAUCCGAUCCAGCGGCGCAGGACGUUCACCGAGUUGGAUCUGCACGACAGGUGAAAGGGUCACCAUCCAAUCGGUACGUCAGAUCGGAAUGUUUCCGCUGCGGAGGCACUAAUCAUUCACCUCAAACAUGCCGCUUUAAGACGUACAAGUGUCAUUCAUGUGGCGAGCAGGGUCACUUAAGUCGCAAAUGUCGCAAAAAUGAUCAAGAUCAUGUGCGCGCCUCGCAAGCUAAAUCUACACACUGUGUACUGACUGAUGAGUCUGUCAGAGUAUCAGAGCCUAGUCAGGCUGCUGAAGAGGAUAAUGUUUGCAGCGUGUACACUGUGGGUGAAGCAAGGUCCCCUCCAAUCACAGUUGACAUCAUAGUGUUUGGUGUGCCCGUUACCUUUGAGGUUGACACAGGAUCGGCAUCCACGCUGAUGAAUGCCCGCACCUUUGAGGUGGUGAAGACUACAGGCGGCGACGACAGCCUUGAACUUCGGCGAUGCAGCGCCAGGCUUCGGACGUACACGGGUGAGCCCAUCCCGGUCGAAGGGGAGUUCAGUGCCGUCAUCCAUUACGGUGAGCAGCACCUGGAGCUUCCCGUCGUCGUGGUCGACACUGCAGGACCCAAUCUUCUGGGAAGGGACUGGAUGAAGUUCCUUCAGCUCGACUGGCAAACCAUCAAACAGGAAACGCGUGGAGGAGCAGCUGGACGCGGAGGUCGAGGCUGGGGUCCUCGAGCCAGUGCGCACUGCGGACUGGGCGUGCCAAAUCGUCCCGAUAGUGAAGCCCGACGCGUGAAAUGGAAAAGCUGCUGGCUGGCGUGCCAGGAGUCUUCAUCUUCCUCGACGACAUCCUGGUCUCUGGACGGGCUGAAGACGAGCUCGUGUCCCGUCUGGAGCAAGUGCUGCAACGACUCCAGGACUCCGGACUUCGGGGCGACGCCGCACGCAACGACCGGGGAGUCUCCUGGCAAGCUGCUCAUCGGAUACAAGCCGGUCACCAGGUUCGAUAAACUGAAGCCGGACCUUCAAGGUAACGUGAUCAGGAAACAGGAGAACUUGGUAGAAAGUCACAAAAGAAGGCAUACUCGAGUGAGGCCUGCGUUUGUUGUUGGUCAAACUGUGUGGGCUCGAAGUUGAUUUUGUUUAAUUGCAAGGCUAACUCUUGAUUUAAAUGGGAGGGUGUUGUGUGCUGGGAACAUUCCGGAGCGGUUACCCAUCCCCAGUGCG